AUGGUCUUAAGAAUCCGACUCGCCCGCUUCGGCAAGAAGCACGCUCCCUUCUACAAUAUCGUCGUCGCACACGCCCGAACAGCGCGCAACUCCCGCCCCCUCGAAGUCCUCGGCACCUACGACCCGAAACCGCAACCACCGCGCCCAGGCGACACACACGGCAGGCCGUGGAAAGACAUCAAACUCGACUUAUCGCGCGCGCGGUACUGGGUAGGUGUAGGCGCUCAACCAUCAGAUACGGCGUGGCGGUUACUGUCCAUGGUGGGCAUACUGGAGCCGCAGUACAGGGUGGGCCAGAUUGCGGGCAUGGUGGUUAAGAGCGGGAGUGCGAGUAAGAGUUUGAUUAAGGAGGGAGGAGAGAGUGCGGAGGCGGCGCCGGGGGUUGUGGUGGAGAAUAUGGAGGGCGGGACGAAGGAGACUGCGGCAUAG